UCGUCCUUCCGCUGUCUCCCCGCAGUGUGGAGGAAGCGGAGCUCAGUGUGACCAUGGCUACUGCUGGAGAUAAGCGGGGGGAGCUGCAGAAGGAGCUGGUCUGCGCGAUCUGCCUCGAUUACUUCGACGACCCUGUGAUUUUAAAAUGCGGACACAACUUCUGCCGCAUGUGUAUUUUAAUGCACUGGGAGGAGAACGGCGGGGACGACAUCGGAUACCAGUGCCCGGAGUGCCGGAUGGUGUUCGGUAAAAUGAGCUUCACGAAGAACUACCUGGUGAAGAACCUGGUGGAUAAAUUAAGCGAUUUUGACUGUUUGAAGACGUGCAGGCCUCCUCCUCCAGUGAAGCCGCUCAAAAUGGAUGGAAAAUGUGAGCGACACCAUGAGGAGCUGAAACUGUACUGCCACACAGACAGAAAACCCAUCUGUGUUGUGUGCAGAGAGUCCCGGGCUCACAGACACCAUGACGUUGCUCCUGUGCCGGAGGUUGUUGAGGAUAUGAAGGGAGAGCUGAAGCUGAGGCUUAUCAAGCUAAACUGGCAGAAGUCUAUGUGUGCCAGAGUCAAGGCCAUCGAUGAGCAAGCUAAAGCAGAUGUCAAGCUGAAGAAGCAGGCUCUGAAAGAGAAGAUUGAAGAUGACGUAGGGGCUUUGGUCCAGUUCUUGCUGGAUGAGAAGGAUGGGCUCCUGGAGAGACUGGAGGACGAGGAGUCCUCCACAAUAGCGCUAAUAGACGAGAACCUUAAGCUGGUAGAAAGCGAGGCUGCUAAAGUGGACAAGGCCAUUUCUGAUAUUCAGAAUCAGCUCAGCGAGGCCGGCAACUUUGAUAGUAUCAGCAAAGCUUACUUAAGCCCGAGCCACGUCAGCCUUACUGUGCAGGCAGUGAACUGUCCCCCAGAUUAUACGGAGUUCACUGGCCCCUUUCAGCUCAUUCUGUGGAAGAAAAUGAUGCAUGUUCUUCAUACAAUGCCCCAAAACUUGACGCUGGACUUGGACACAGCCCAUCCGUCCCUGUCCAUCAGUGACUUUGAUACUAAAGUGGAAGAGGGUCGUGUGCGCUCCCAGGAGCCUGACCUGCCCCAGCGCUUCACACGCUUUUUCGGCGUCCUGGCCACGGCCCGCUACUCGAGCGGCCAGCACUACUGGGAGGUGGACGUGCGGGACAAGGGCGUGUGGUAUCUGGGCGUCACCACUGAGUGCAGCAACCGCAAAGGCUUCGUCAACCUUUCACCUUCGGCCGGAUACUGGAGCCUGUGUCUGCAAGACCGGCUGUACGCCAACGAAGAGGACUCUCGCGUGCCCGUGGCCGAUUACUGGAAUUCGCCACGUGUGGGCGUGUUUCUGGACUACGACAGGGGCCACGUCACGUUCUUUGAUGCCGUCACCAUGAAGCGCGUUUAUAAUUUUAUCGCCUACUUUGACGAGCCCGUGUCACCCUUCUUCAGCCCGGGCAAGAACGACCCCGGCAGCCGAGUGCAAAUCUGCCACUUCUACUGAGAGGCCUGACCGUUAGUGGGCAGGGAACUAAAAUAUAACCGAAAUAAAACGUUGGUUAUCUCUGUAAUAAAACGUUUCCAUUCCUUGGAGUCCUCCAGUUCGGAGACUGUAGGGUUUGGCCGUGGUGCAGCUCAGACUGUGACGUUCUUGUUUAUAUGAUUUAAAAAGAGCACAGUUGCUCUGCUUCACCCAAAUCUGAAGGAAUCAGAGCUGGUUCUACUUGUUACUGUUGGAUUUACGAUGUAGCCCUACUGAAAUUCAGGUAGAGAUACUUUUUUGCAGGUUUUAAGCGAAUAGCAACUCAAAGCUGCUCAUAACCUCCGUUUUCACCUCAGUGUAGUGUUAUUGUGUCUUUCACUUUUCAGGUAAAAGUAACAAAAGACUUCUAAUCACUUUCAGAUGAGAGUUUCUACACGUUCUAAUUCCGCUUUAUAGCAGUGGAAUGUAAGUGGUUACGUUUUAAUAGUAUUAGGAUUUUCAGUUUUUGCUCAAAUGAUUUAGGGCAUUUUAAGCUUUACACUGAAAUAACUUUUUCACCCUCCCUUCAAUAAUAUUUCACAUUUGUCCUUUUUAUUUAUGUUGAAUGUUUCUACUUUGAUAUAAAUGAAUUAUUAACAAAUAAUGUUAUACUCAAAUAUUACACUUUGUGUAACUCAUUUUUUUUAACAGGCUGCACCCAGCUCUGUGCUAAAUAGGUCUGUAAGCUCUCUGAGUUCCUUUUUACUUCUUUUCUUAAAUACCUGAGCUGGAAUUGCUGAGACACUUCCAUUUAGACAUGAAGACUAGUUCAGACUGCACAUAGCUAUAAUAAUUUAUACAUGGAACAAUUUUUAAACUCUUUAUUCAUCUUAAGCUAAAAGCAAUUAGAUUAAAUAUUGUGUGCCAUUUUUCAUUUUCCUUGGGAAAAUCUACGAGGUCAGUCUUCAUUUGCAUUGUUUUUAACUUUAUGCUUUUAUUUUAGAAUUUCUGUCUUGGUUAUCUUUGUUAAAGUGUCCUGUAUUUCAGGCGAAGUACGUUGAGAAAACGAAGACUGAUCUUUUUCAGUCACAUUUAAAGAAGGAACAGGCUUCUGUGUGCAUCCCAUCGACUGUAACUCGAUUCUGUCCUGAAGUAGUUUUAAUUUCCGUUAAUGUUGUGUGUAAUAAGAAAUGUAUUCCACUUUAGGGGUGUGUUAAAAAAAUCGAUUAUUCGAUUUAAAUCGAUCCUCAUUUGAAUGAUCCGAUAUCGAUUUAUAUAAACCCGAGAUCGAUCUUUAUAACUAGCCCCUUUUCCCCGUGUAUGCGUAGCUUUAACGUCUCGCGUAGAUCUCGCGAGACCAUCCUUUUUUUCCGAGCAGCGCGCUCUGGCUGGGGUGAUCAGUUAAGCAUGGCUGAAGCAGGAGUGCAGGCGCCCAAGAACCUGAAGGCAGACGUGUGGUUGCAUUUUGUUGAGUGUUCAUAAUAUAAACUAAUAUUUUAAUAAUGAAAUUUGAGUGUUCCUUGUAUAAUUACAUUUCAUAUUCAAACUACAAUUUUUAUGGUAACUGAAAUUUCCCUAAAUUAAUCGAUGUUGAAUCGAGAAUCGAAUCGAAUCGAAAAUCGAUUUGAAAAUCGAAUCGAGACCUUGUGAAUCGGAAUCGAAUCGAAAUGGGAAAUCAGUGAUGAUACCCACCCCUAUUCCACUUUAUUCCUGUUUUUAGUAACUCUUGUUUCUGACCUGACAGGAUGAUGAAUUCUGAGCUGGACUGUGAUUUUUGACCGCGUGCUUCAGGUCAGAAUAGAUUCUGGAUCUGCGUGCUCUGAGUGUGCUCUUGUGAGGUUUCUUUUUUUUUUUAUGCCUUUUGACUGAUAAUCUAAGAUGUUUGUUGCUGUUGAGAGAUCAUAUGAUGAGAUUAACAUUUGUGUGGUUUGUUAAUGUAAUAACUACUGCAGUAUGUCAAACCUUUUAUUUUCCACAGUAAUACAUUCAUUUGGGAAAUAAAAUUUGAUUGCUGGC